UUCAUUGCUGCUGAUAAACAAGGCAUUACCACAACACUCGGUCGUGGAGGCAGCGAUUAUACAGCCGCCAUUGUUGGUGCAGCUUUGGGAGCAGAUGAAAUUCAAAUAUGGACCGAUGUCAACGGUGUGAUGAGUGCCGAUCCUAACAAAGUUCGAAAUGCCAUUACGCUCGAUAGCAUGACCUACAACGAGGCAAUGGAGAUGUGCUAUUUCGGAGCAAAGGUGAUUCAUCCGCCAACAAUAGUACCUGCAUUGGAGAAGAACAUUCCAUUGCGUAUUAAAAACUCUUUUCAUCCCGAGCAAGAUGGCACAUUCAUUUCGAAGAAAGCAGCCAAGAGCAACCACACUGUAAAAGGAAUCACAUCUAUUGAG